GGCGGACCCUCACUACCGAGGGUCACAAGUGUUCCUCGCUGGAUUGGCCGGCCCCGGGCGAUAGUGUUGCGGCGGCGCCUCCCAUUCUCUCAUCAAGAUUUUUUACUGAAUGAACAGCGCGGUGACGCGCAGGAAAUUGCGUGUCUUCUGGAGAAGCAAAUGAGAUGAAGAGGUAGGAAAAUAAGAGAAAGUGGUGCCUGGUGCUGAGCGGGGCGAAGCGAUGGCGAUCCAGCUUUGGAAGUGACUGCAGGAUUCCCCCUUCCUUUGCGCAGCAACGCCCAGGAGGACGGCGCGUCCGAGCGUUUGCACGGGGGUAUCUGGGAAGCGGAAAACCAGGGGGGAGGGGAGAGGAGAGCCCGAGGUCCCCUUCUGGAUUUGGCGGCAUUUUGCAAACGGUAGCCCUGGUGAUCACUUCGAGGGGACGAGGAGUGUGUCUGUGCGUUAACUCCGGCCCCCGUACCCUGAGCAGACCAACUGGCCGCUGCCUGUUCUUUCCCAGCCCAGGGACUCCAACCUCAGGAAGCAGUGCGGUUACAAUCCGCCAGGAAAACCCCCGGUUCAACGAAAGAGAGAGAGAGAGGAAAAAGUUAAUUCCUCUUUCCUUCAGCGGAAGGCGCAGAAAUUCUCCACCGCCACUUCUGCCCAAUCGGAAAACUUCAGGCUGUAUCGAACUUAGGAUCAGACACAUUUUGAGAAAGUUUUAAAAAAUAUAUAAAAAGCAACUUGCGGCGAGCCGAGGGCGGAACUUUCCCUUGGCGGUAAGGAGGGAGGCGGAUUAAAAACCAACACUUUCAGGAGCAGUUGGAACCAGAACGUAGUUUAUUUGGAAAAAAAACUGAAGAAAUCCCCUUCGUUGAAGAAGAGCAUGCUUGGGGGAAUACAAACACAUUUAAAUAAGGUCUGAGGAGGCGGAGAGCAGCCAAUUGAUACCCUAGGAGUCUGGGGAAAACACCUCUCUUUGCAGGAGAGGGGGCUGGAAGGUGUUUUCCGAGGAUGUGCGGUGCUUGGUUCUGAAUUCCGAUUUUGUAUAUUGGAUUUAGAUCGGCAACAUCGCCCCCCCUCCCCGGACGCAUUUCCCAGAGCGAAAAAUGUCAUACAGCAGCCGAGACCUGGUGUGCCACUACCUGUACUACCGGCUUUCCCGGCAUGGCUACGUGUGGGAGGAACCGCUGGACACCGACGGCAGCCCGACCCUGCGCAGCGGGUCCCUUCGGUCUGCCGCUCACGCCGCCGCCGCCGAGAAGGCGCACCGCGUCCUCCGGGAGGUGGGCGACAGCUUCGAGCGCCAGUACCAGCAGGAGUUCGCUGACAUCGCGCUGCAGAUGCGCUUCGAGCCCGACACCGCCCGCCACCGCUUCGAGGCGGUGGCCGAGGAGCUGUUCCGCGACGGGGUCAACUGGGGCCGAGUGGUGGCUUUCUUCGUGUUCGGGGGCACCUUGUGUGUGGAGAGCAUCAAGAGGAGGGACAUGGCGUCGCUGGUCGACAGCAUCGCCGCCUGGAUGACCGCUUACCUUGACAGCAGCCUCACCGAUUGGAUCCGCGCCAAUGGAGACUGGGACGCCUUUGUCGAGCUUUAUGGAAACAAUGUGCAGCCUCUUUUCCACGUUCCAUGGCCUUCGCUUAGGACUGUUUUGAGCGUUGCUGCAGUGGGGGCUUGUAUAACCUUUGCUUACCUGGCCCAUCAGUAUUAGCCACGAUUAUUCAAGAGACCUUUAUCAGGGCUGCUUGUAGGGGCACUUUCAUAUUACAAACUUGUGGUUUUUAUCUAUCGGGAUCCAAUUAUCACUCUCCAUCUCUCUCUUGUAUUUAUAAUCAUUGAAACUUUUCAGGUAUGUCAUUAGCUUUGAUCUUGGUGGUGGUGUUUGGGAAAAUGUUCACAGGAAGCAAAUGGUAGAAGUACAUCUAACCACGGGUUGGAUUUCCUAAGGCUGGCUGGAAUCUACAUUUCAUGAGGACUCUGUUGCUUGGUGUUCCACACACAGGAAAACGAGGACCCUGAUUUUGGUCAUGUCUCGCAAUGAGGCAUUACAACUAAUUAUAAAGCAGCGCCAGACAGAUAAACACAGUGGAUUUGUGUGAUGGGUAGGCUCACAGUAACCCACUGAGCUGGUGUUGAUAACGGAGGCUUAGGCAGCUGUGUGAACUAAGUCUCCUAAUGAGGGUGAAAUUCAUUGUAUUUUUUAAGCAAUCUGCAUAGAAGUAUUUAACAGCCUCCAGUAGAAUCUGCUUGAAUGCCUGAGAAGUAGUUCUGCUAGAUAUGGAAAUGUAACUGAAUGGUUUAGUAGCAUGGUUACUAAAUUAACCAUGAGAAUAAACAGCGAGUGGGUAUGACAUGAGUACUUCACCAGCAGAAUAGAAACAUGAUAUUGAGCUUGCAUUUAGAGCUGUUUGCGAUGGAAAUGUUCCUAAUAUAUGAAUUGAUUAAUUCAAGAAUAAAUUAGAAAUGGGACAGGAAGGGGAGAAGAGCGUUUAUCUGUUUUACAAAGUGAGGUUAAUUGCUUAUGUUGCCAAUACAAGCACUGUUCCUUUUCUAAAGUGAACUAUAAAGCGUACAAUUUUCUCCAAUAUCUGAUUUGGAAUGUCAUUUUGUAAAGUUUUCUGUGAUUUAAUGUGAAAAACAUAUUUAAUGAACUUUAGAUGUCAAGACAAAAUUUUAUAAUAUUAUUUUUGCCAUGGUUGCUAUUGUAUGAGAUUAAUUUUAAAACAAAGAAGUCCAUUCCAUUUCCUUUUAAACUUAACUUAAAAGUCAGUUUUAUUUAAAGUUUACAGUUAUUAACAAGCUGCUAAAAGGGAAGCUUCAUCAAAUAUUUCUAAGUGGAAUUAAUACCAAAAGGUAAUUCUGAAUCAGUUGUGUGAAUUUAAGAUACAGUUCACUUUGGAAAUUGCAGCUAGUUUUGAACCACUGGAGAUUUGCAAAAUUCUGCUCGCCACUGAAAUGUGGAAUAUUCUGUCUUCAAAGAAGGAAGGUUGUGAUUUUAGCUCAUGGAAAUGAUUGCAUGGGAAAACAAAUCUUGCUUUGCUUUUUGAAUGGAGCCUGACUUCAGCUUCUGUUGGGAAGCUCACUAUUCUUUACAGUCUGACCAACUACAAAUGACAACUGCAGCUUGAAGAGUCUGACAACUUGCACUGUGUUCUGAUGCUCUCCGACUGGAGAACUUUACCACACUCUCUGAAAAGUCUGAAAAUUAAAGUGAAAUGAGGAUUACCAGAUACAAUGGAAAAGCUAAUCAGCUUGUAGGAGUGCUCUUAUCUACUUACAGACAUCAACGUCAACCUACCAGCAUUAAAAAAAAGACAAAGUGAAUGUAAUAUAAAGGAAUAAGUACAUCUGAAAACAUCCUACAGCUAUAACAGUAUUGUACGCUCAUGUGUGGAGUGAUCGUAAGGGGUUAUUAGGAAUAUUAAGUACAUUUUGGAAUAAUAAGCUUGUAUGUGGGUGAAAAAGAUAUUUCUGAUCAUUAUACUUUCUGUAAUUUGUAUAUGUUUGUGCAUCUGCCGUGCACUCUCGUGUAUCAUUUCAGUAACAGGGUGGAUGUGACCAUGUCAUUUUGGAAGCUGUGUGUUUGUAUAGGAUGUAAUAUGUUCUGUGACUUAGUGUCACCACUGUUUGCAAACUUCUGUGUUAUUGUACUGUGUGCAAUCUGUCACUCUGAUGAGCUCUAAUCUGGUAAAGUUUCAAACCUGGAAAAGAGCUUUUAUAGGUGAAAUAACCAGAAAAGCACCUGGUUUUAUUGAGGUCAGGCAUACAAAUUAUUGGCUUCUCAAUCAAGAGCCAAGUCCAACCCAGCCCAAAAUAUUUUUGUGCUUUAUUUUAUUUUGGGGGGAGGAAUUAAACUUACGUGGGAUUUUUCUAACCCAUCUUAGAAGCUCAGCAACAACAAAUCAGAAGUAUCUCCUUAUCUUUAGUCUGAAAUAGAUCCCAGGUAUAAUAAUAUUGAUUCUUUAUUUAAAAAGGGCAAAAUAAGCAGCUGCUGAAAUUCCGUCACCAGACAGCUAUUCAAUAGCAUGUGCGACGUUGUUCUGUAAUACGUGAUGCAAGGCAAUGUCUGAAGUACAAUGUCUGAAGACAUGAAAAUUAAUUAUAUAUUUGUUCAAAAAUCUUUCUCCGUGGCAUCUGGAAUAAGUGAGGCCACCUUUACUGGACGGAUUUGAUUGAUUCUCUUUUCAAAAUUCAUUAUGAAUAUGUAAAUAUUGUUUCGGCAAUAAUCCUGGGCAGAGUUCACAGUCUUUGUGACUAUUAUGCAAAGCGUUCAGAAUGAGAAUCAUGUUUAUUUUCGCUAACAUAUAAUGUGAAAUUUGUUGUUUGCUCUUGUAGCAAUUAGUAAUUAUUUACUUGGAGCAAUAUUUUUUCAAAAUCAUGAUCAAAACAUAGAUCAGAUUUCUAAAGUUACUGUUAAUAGUUCAUGGAUUCUGCAUUUUGAAUAAUGUAGGUGAGGCCUCCUCUCUGAACAGGAAUUAAUUGCUUUUGAGAAGUUUUAGCCUCUUUUUAUUUAGUAUACACCAUAAAAUUAAUUCUUCCCUCCUCCCACUACUCACCUGCCUAUCACCUCCCCUGGUGACCCUCCUCCUUCCCUUCCUUGCAUGGUCCACUCUCCUGUCCUAUCAGAUUCCUUCUUCUCCAGCCCUUUAACCUUUCCUACCCACCUGACUUCACCCAUCACCUUCAGGCUAGCCUCCUUCCCCUCCCCCCAGCUUUUUAUUCUGGUGUUUUCCCCUUUCCUUUCCAGUCCUGAAGCAGGGCCUCGGCCCAAAACAUCAACUGCUCAUUCAUUUCCAUUGAUGCUGAGUUCCUCCAGCAUUUUGCGUGUGUUGCUUCAGUUAGCUGACUGCAAUAAAACUCCGGUCUGUUGUAUGAUUUGGCAACUGGCUCGCUGGGUGCAGGUUCCUAAUCUCCCUACAAUUCCCCACGGCCGUAGUCCACGUGCUCUUUCGGAACUUGCUGGGUUCGGUGGAAAACUUAUUAUACUGCUACACUUUAAGCAAGUGAAUUUAAAGAGUAUUAAUUAGAAUAGCCUGGAAAGCUUGCUAGUCAGCACCACCAGAGUCCCAUGUCUGCUAGAUUAAAAACUUUACUGCAGUUGUUGAUAUUUCUAAUGCAAUAGACUAUCAGGAAAAUAUACUUCCAACAGGUAAUCUUGGAGUUGUACAGUACAGAAAUGAUCCCCAGCCCACCAUUGCCCAUUGCCCUUUGCCCUGAUUCUCAAUUGCCCGCAUUAGGACUGCAUCCUUCUAUGUUAUAUUAAGGUAGUAUAAGACAUUGGUGAGGCCUAAUUUGGAAUAUUGUGUGCAGUCCUGGUCGCCUACCUACGGGAAAGAUAUCAGUAAGAUUGAAAGAGUACAGGGGAAAAUGUAUAAGAAUGUUGCUGGGACUUGAGGACCUGAGUUAUGGGGAGAGGUUGAAUCAGUUAGAAAUUUAUCUCCUGGAGUGUAGGAGAAUGAGGGGAGAUUUGAAAGGGGUAUAUAAAAUUAUGAGGGUAAUAGAUAGGGUAAAUCAAGGAGGCUUUUUCCACUGUGGUUGGGUGAGACUAGAACUCAAGAUCGUGGGUUAAAUGUUUGAGCAGGGCAUGAGGGGGAUCUUCUUCACGCAGAGGGUGGUGAGAGUUGAUGGGACUAGGCAGUAUAAUACUUUGAGAUAGAUUAGAUGAGCCUUUUUCUGUGCUGUAGUGCUCUAUGUGUGUCUAAAUGUCUCUUAAAGUAAUCGUAUCUGAUUCCACCACCACUUCUUCUGGCAUCACAUUCCAGAAAUCAAUCACUGUCUCUGAUUUUUUUUUAAAGGUGUACUUUAACCCUCAACUUCAAAGUAAAAUUCAUUAUCAAAGUCUGUAUGUGUCACCAUACACUACCUUGAGAUUCAUUUUCCUGCAGGCAUUUAUAGGAAGAUAAAGAAAUACAGUAGAAUUAACAAAAAGCUCUGGAUAAAUAAAGACUGGCAACAACCAAUGAGCAGUUCGGGAGUCUGAUGUCUGAACAGAAUAAUUGUCCACAAACUUGGUGGUGUGGAACUUGAUGCUUCUGUAUCUCCUGCUCGGUGGCAGCAUUGAGAAGACAGCAAGGCCUGGCUGAGGGUUGUGAGGGGCAGGGGGCAUCAUUCAUGAUGGAUGCUGCUUUCUUGUCGCAGUGCUCCUUGUAGAUGUCCUCGUUGGUGGGGAGGGCUUUGCCUCUGAUGGAUUGGGCUGUAUCCACUGCUUUCUGCAGACUUUUCCAUCCUGAGUCUCCUGUCAUCAAUUAAACUGCAGCCUCUUGUUUUUGAUGCCCACACCUCGGGAGAAAGACUUUGACCAUCUACACCCAUCAGGACACCCCUUAGCCUCUCUCGUUCCAGGGAAAAUUAAUCUAGCCGAUUCCGUUUCCUUCUCAUAAUGGAAGUUCUCCAAGCCACAUAACAUCCUGGGGUGAAUCUCCUCUGUACUGUCCCCAGCACAGUCAAAUCCUUCCUUGGGCAUGGUGACGAGAGCUGCACACAAUACUGUUUUGUGAAUAACAUCCCAGCUCUUCAAUGCCCAGACCUAUGCAUGCUCUAUAUGCCACCUUCACCAUCCUAUCCACGUGAUUUGCCACUUUCAGGGAACUGUGGGCCAGGUCUCUUAGAUCUCUAUUCAACAUUCCCGAGUACCUUAUGUCCAUCCCAAAAUGCGCCACCAUCGAUUAAUUUUCAUCUGCUAUCGCUCUGCGCAUCUUUCCAAUAGAUCUAUAUUCUACUUUAGCUUUAGAUAAUCCUCACUAUCCACACCACCAAUUUUAUUGUCAACAGCAAACUUUCUAAUCAUAACUUGAUCAUUCACAACCAAGUCAUUCAUGUACUGUAUAUGAAGUAGUCACAGGCUUCCAGUCUGGAAAAAACCCUACCAUCAUUACCCUUUGCCUUCUAUCAAUAAAGCCAUCCUGCAUUCCAUGUGCCUUAAUGUACAGGACCAGACCAAGGUAUACAACCUUGAUAAAUGCCCCCAUAUAGACAAUAUCUACUGUACUAACAUCUACCAAUAAUCUUGGUUACUUCCUUCAAAAAAUUGAUCGGAGUAGCGAUACAGGAUUUGCCCCUCAAAAGUCAUGGCCGAUUUUCCUUAACUGAUCCUCACCUUUCAAAAUGAAUGUAACUCCAGAAUUUUCUUCAGUAAUUUCUCCAUCACUGUUGUAAAGCUCACCAGCCCUUAGUAGAGAGAUUUACCUGAUGAGCUUUUUCGCUGUAUUCUCCCACCUUUGCUGGUUAAUGCUGGGGCAGCUCUAGCAUCAUUUGGAGGUGACAACACGAUAAAUAAUUCUGACAAGAUCCUUGUCAGGGUUUUAUCCUUUGAUACAAGUUCUGAUAGAAUGCACUUUCAUGGGUUUAGAUUGGAAAAAGUGUAUAUUUUCUGGAUUUUCAUUUUCUAGGAAGACGCAGGGAUUAUGUAUUUUUUUAAUAUUUCUUUUUGUUUGGUGUGUUCUUCUUACUAAUGGAAAAAUUUAGUGAAGUUGGCUAGACCAACGUAUCACUUAAGCUCACCGCACAUUUAACCUAAACUUUUGCUAGCCGUUUUGUAAUCGAAGUUGAUUAAUUUAAAUAUUGUCCUGAUUGUUUGCAUUUAGAUCAUUUGAGGUGGAAGAGUACUAGGAAAGAUUCCAAAUGGAAAGAUAGUUGUCAAACCAAAUGCAACUAUUUAAUCCAUUAGACCUAUCAUUAAAGGUACUAUAAAUAUAAUGCUUUGAGUGGCAUUCCACAGGUUGAUUGAAGUCAUCCGAUGAAGCAAAGUUUGAGAACGUAGUACAAGUGGACACUCAAAAUGGAAAUGUAAUCACAUUAGUAAUUGAGGAUAUCACAAGAAUGGUAAAAUCUAUUCUUUGUGCCUGGAACAUAGGUAGAUAUACACUCAGUGCACCUCCUGUGCCGAAUAAAGUGAUCCCUGAGUGUAUAUUUGUGGUUUUUGCUGCUGUAGCCCAUCCACUUAAAGGAUUGACAUGUUGUGCAUUCAGAGAUGGCCUUCUGCACUCCACUGUCGUUUGAGAUGCUGUCGCCUUCCUGACAGCUUGAACCGGUCUGACCAUUCUUCUCUGACCACUCUCAUUAACAUGGUGUUAAUGAGAACACACCGAACUGCUGCUACCUGGAUGUUUUUUGUUUCUCACACCAUUCUCUGCAAACUAGAGACAGCUGUGCAUGAAUAUCCCAGGAGAUCGGCAGUUUCUGAAAUACUCAAGCUACUGCUGUCCGGCACCAACCAUCAAUCCAUGAUCACAUUUCUUACCAAUUCUGCUGUUUGGUCUGAACCUCUUGACAAUGUCUGCAUGCUUUUAUCCAUUGAGUUGCUGCCACAUGAUUGGCUGAUUAGAUAUUUGCAUUAGCGAGCAGGUGUACCUGGUGAAGUAGCCACUGAGUAUAGAUGAUGUUUCCAGGUAUGAAAAGGCAAAAUCUGGUCAAUAUCAAUUUGUUAUACUUUAGUACUUCUAAACAUCUUUAUGCAUAAGGCUGUUUCUUACAUUGCAAACUUUGAUUUAAAUAUUUUUUUAAUGGUAAUGAGGUCAGCUAAUUGUAAAAUGGAAUUUAUUGAGGACAAAUAUUUUAGCGUUGUAUGUCAGCUACAUGAAUAAGUGGGACAACAUUUUAAGUAUGUGAAUAAUCAAAGAAACGGAAUAAAGGAAAUGAGUGCUGCAUCUGUGGAGGCCAAGUCUUUAUGUAUAUUUAAAGCAGAGGAUGAUAGAUUCUUGAUUGGUCAGGGCAGGAAAAGAAAUGGGGAGAAGGCAGAAGAUUUGGGGCUGAGGGGAAGGUUGGAUCAGCCAUGAUGGAAUGGUGGAGCUGUCUUGAUAGGCCAAAUGGCCUAACUCUGCUCCUAAAUUUUAUGGCCUUAUGGUCUAAGGAGGAUUUGCAUUUGCAUAUCAGAUUUCAGCGUGUUCUAAAGUACUUGCCAAAAAUGAACAUGUAAAAUGCAGUUAAUGUUAUAAGAUAUAAAGGGUUACAGCUAGUUUGCAUACUAUAAAUACCUAGAAUCAACAGUAAUUGAGGGCUAAACAUUGAUGAUUAUCACCCUUCCCUUAUGCAAAGUUGUUCCAUACAGUAUCUGCAUAGACCCCUGAUUUGGUGUGUUAUCCUGAUGAAAUUUCCUACAACAGAAACACUCCAGAGGUUUGAAUAUGAAAAUCAUUUAACUUCCUUGUGCAGUACCAAAGGAGAUGAUGGAUAUUCUCUCACAUGAAAUCUUAACUGAAGGUCUUGUCUAUUUUUCCAACUGUGCAUAGAGAUAAUUUGGUAGUUUUAAAGUUCAAAGUAAAUUUGUUCUCAAAGUACAUGUAUGUCACCAUAUACAACCCUGAGAUACAUUUUCUUGCGGGCAUACUCAGUAAACCCAUAGAAUAAUAACCAUAGCAGAAUCAGUGAAAGAUUGCACCAAUUUGAAUGUUCAACUAGUGUGCAAAAGACAACAAACUGCAAAUAUAAAAAGAAAGAAAUAAUAAUAAAUAAAUAAGCAACAAUUAUUGAGAACAUGAGAUGAAGUGUCCUUGAAAGUAAGUCUGUAGGUUGUGAGAACGUGAAUAAUGGGGCAAGUGAAGUAGAAUGAAGUUAUCCUUUGAUUCAAGAGCCUGAUGGUUGUGAGUAGUGACUGCUCCUGAAUCUGGUGGUGUGAGUCCUGAGGCUCUUGUACCUUCUUUCUGAUGGCAGAAGUGAGAAGAGAGCAUGUCUCGGGUAGUGGGAGUCCCUGAUGAUGUAUGCUGCUUUCCUGUGGCAUUUCAUUAGAAGUGCUCAAUGGUGGGGAGGGCUUUACCAGUGAUGGACUGGGCCAUACCCACAUAUCUGUUCAAGGGCAUUGCUGUUUCCAUACCAGGCUGUUUGCAGCCAGUCAAUAUACUCUCCACCACACGUCUAGAGAAGUUUUAUCAAAGAGAGAAGAGGGAGGGAAUUAUCUGCAUUGUUCUUGCUAAUUCUUAUUUAUAUCUCACUAAAGCAGUAUAUCGGGUCAUUGUCUGAUUACUGUUUGUGGGUGUUUGCUCUUUGCAAACUGGCUCUUCCACUGCCUACAGUGUAGCAUUUGCUGCACUUCUGAAGUGCUUCAUUGCCUACAAGGUGCUUUACGACAUCCUGAAAUAUGAAAUUUCGAAGUAAAUUUAUUAUCAAGUACGUAUAUGUCACCAUAUACUACUUGAGAUUCAUUUUCUUGUGGGCAUUUUCAGUAGAACAAAGAAAUACAAUAGAAUCAAUGAAAAACUACUCAAAAUAGACUGAAAACAACCAAUGUGCAAAAUAAGACACUGUGCAAAUGCAAAACAGAGAAAUAAUAAUAAUAAUAAAUACAUAAAUAAUCCUGAGAGCGUGAGUCCUUGAAAGGUGCUAUUUAAAUACAGAUCAGGUUUCCAACUUGCUUUUUGUCUCUUUGGUCAUUCCGUACUAAAAAUGUUUUUCAUUAGUUUAUCGCCCUGAUAUACAAGUUUUUGGUACUUAACAAAUUACAUUCUUGUAAAUAGUUUGUAUAUAAAUUGACUAUUAAUUCAACCAGUGUUUUCCUCUUUUAUUUUCAACCACAGGCAACUUGUUUCAACUGAUUUAUAAUUGAACAGGUAUCUUACACUGAUGCACUUGUGAAAGAUUAAGUUCUACUUAAUUUAGAAGUUUUUUGGCUGUUGUGGGAGCCAUUGCCGCUAUCUCAUAUUGAUUGCAGAAUAUUUAAUGAUUGUUGUCGCCCUCCUCCAUCCAGUACCACAACAAUAUUAGGCACAGUUAAGUAGAAAGAGAUUUGGUCACUAUUUUUAACUGAGUCCACAAAAAAAACCAAAAUAGUCCAAGUUUCACAGUCAGCUAUAAAUUGAGUAAUUUUGCAAUCAAAAUCCAACCAUUUCUGAGGUGUGGCUUUCUACUGAUGUUAUUCUGAUAUUAGUUUGUGGGGAGGUUUCAGGUGUCUAGAAACAAUCAUCAUACAGACCAUGAAAUCUACUACAAAUCUCUCAUACUUAUUAAACUAGACUGUAUCAACUGGAAUUCACUCAUUCCAGUUAUAGAGCUCUGAUCGAGUCAAACACAUGGAAUCUAUUUUUAAAUAUAAAAAUGUUUUAAUCUUGGAAUGGAGAACUUGAGAGUCCAUAAUAAUUCAAGUGAUUUUUCAAGAUCAGUAAUUAUGACUUAAUAAAAGCACUUUUUAAAAACUCGCUCCAUCUUAAGCAUCUAGGUCUUUUUGUACAGCAAGAAUGUUGCAUCAAAAUUUGAAGUUAACAUAAGUUAAUAUCAGUAAUUUUACAACUUUUCCUGUCUUAGUCAACUUAAAAUAACCCUUUGUAUUGUACUUAGUAUAGUAGGAUACUGACUUCGUAUAGCCCUUAGAAGAGGGUCUCAUUGCCAGUAAUUCUUGUAUUGCAGUUUCAUUUUGCAUGUGAAAACAUCUGAAAUCUCUGGCAGUUGUACAGUGCAGUGACAGAGAAUACUUCAUUACAAAGGCAAAAUCUGGAUUUAUUUUUGUUUGAAAAGAUAGCUGGAUGUUUGUUUGAAAUAUUAGAUGUUAAGAGUUUAUAUUCAUUUGAGAGCUGCUCAUACUGAUUAAUGUGAGAUUGAUAAAAAUGUUUUGAUCAGAUUUUUCCUGUGGUAAUCUAUGAUUUCCUUAAAUAAUUUUCCUCUAUGUUUUCCUGUACGUAUCUGAAAUAUAUCAAACUGCUAAAUGUCAGAAUUAAGAGUGUUGGUGUUUCAAGCCUCUAUAAAUAUAGGUAACCAAAAUUAGAAAUUAUGCUGGGAAAAAUGUUUUGUUCAUGGAAAGAAAAUCAUCUCUCUUGUGUGUAUGGCAGCUGGGGGAAAAAUAUUCUGGAAUGUACAUUUGCAAGUUCAGUGCUUUUUCAUUAUUGAUUUGAUGUGUUGUUCAAUAUGUCCUGUUAAAUAUUGAAAUGUUCACAAGCCUAGAAAUGCUGCACACUUUGACAGUGGUGUUUCAAAGACAUAUUUGCUAGUAAAUAGCUACCCAACACCUCACCCUGCAUUUUACGGCAGCGUGUCAAAAACUUGUAUAUAAUAGGGACUUUAUAUAAGCUACACAUUACAUAUUUGUUUAAUUAGUAUGAGAAGUGUCAAAUAUCCAGAAUUCCGUUUUUUAAAAAAAUCAAAAUGUAUGAUUUUGGAGUAGUAAAUGCUUACACAUACUGAGUUUGUAAACCAAAGUACUUAAAUUUUUUUUAAACAUACUUAAUUGAUUGUUUGUAAUAGUUGUCAAAAAAAUCUUGUAGAUAUCUGCUUAAACAUAGUCCACCUACUUCCUUAGUGUAUAGAUUAUAUUGCACAGAAUAAAAAAAACAUAAUU